CCUUCCAUGUUGGGUGGCAGAGAACAGGCAGUAUACAGAGUACAACUACGAAUUGAAUUCUUAGCCUAAGAACUGUAAAGAAAACACAGUCCACUGUACAUGGAAUUCUAACGGCAUCAGCUUCAUGGACACCAUGCUUCAGGCCGUACCUGCACCCAACUCAACCGGUUUACCAAGCAAACACACACAAGUAGACAUAACGAUUCCAGAUGCAUACAAAAGAACUACCCCACGAAGCAACCUGCAUCCCAGCCCUUGACUCCCCGAUCCCGGCCCAGUGACGCUCGGCCCAUGCUGUACAUCAACGCUGAAAGGCUGUACUGGUGAAAGAUAAUCACGUGUCGACUUUUGAGGGACAGAACGACGAAGCCCGCGGGAAAGUAUGUGUAAAGACAAGACGCGAACAGUAAAUAAUAUGAAGAACAGUACAAGAAUUAUGGACACCCAGAACAGUCUUGUCGCACGCACGACUCCCAAUCCAUGUGCCUCGCGGAUGUCCCAAAUUCGUCGCUGCUGGUCGAAAUUUUGCUGGCUCAAAAGGAAUACCCCAACACCCCCAACAGAGUCCGUUCCAUUGUAUCCCAACCAUGAUCAAUACCGUGAUUCUCCAAUGAUCCCUAUUGUCGAAGCGCGCAGAUGAACUCGGAAAGCCAAAGAAAAACAAUAUCUAGAAUGCAAUGCCAUGCUCGAACCGUCCUAGCCAGCUAACCUCCGCCGGAGAGGUGCCCAGGACGAGAGAACGGCGCGAAGCCCAUGCCGCUC